AAGGGCCAAGAAGAUGAAGGUGAUGUUACUGUUGUCCCUGUUUCUUUAUGCUAGUAGUACAACCAGUGGAUCUUACUGUAUGUCUACUGACUGUACUAAUCAAGGUACUUCUGGGUCCUUCUCAUUAUAUCUAAGAGUCUGUUGUGUUAUGGAUAACUUGGGAAGGAGUUUUACUAUCAAAGGGAAUGGCAUCAGUAGAUACAUUCUCUGUCCAAGAGUACUACCAAAGUCUUGUCAAUCAGUAAGAAGUUGCAAGGACUUAAAUAGCACUAUCAAUGGUGACUACACUAUAUACCCUGAUGGAGUGACCCCAGUAGAGGUAUACUGUGAUAUGAAUGGUAUCAAUUGUGAUGGAGAAGGUGGUUGGACUAGAGUAGGAUAUUUUAACAUGACUGAGUCUGGUGCUACCUGUCCUGCUGGACUAAUACAAAAGAACUACACUAACAUUGAUCACCUACUGUGUGGUAGACUAGCUAACAGUUCUACCUGUAUUUCAACUACUUUCUCAUCUAACGGGCUAACAUACAAUAAAGUCUGUGGACAAGUUAGAGGAUAUCAAUCUUUUAGAGCCCGGGCUUUUCUUAAUUUUCAAAAUGAUAUUGAAAAUUUUACUAUUGAUGGUGUAUCCAUUACUCAUGGAAGCAAUCCUCGUAAACAUAUCUGGGCAUAUGUAGGAAGCUACAGUGAGGCUAGAACUGAUACUCAAGCCUGUCCAUGUAGCACUGGGUACAGUGGUGGUUUAGACCUUAAUGCUACAUUAUUAUUGUGAGUCUGGAGCAGAUGGUGGUGUAGGUUUCUCUGUUCUCUUUGCUACUGAUCCAUUAUGGGAUGGACAGCAAUGUGAUGAUCAGGAAUCUACCUGCUGUCCAGCUAACUCUAAGAUGCCUUGGUUCUAUCGUUCACUGGAUACACGAACCACUGAUGAUAUUGAGCUGAGAGUCUGCAGUAGUAGAACAGGAGCGACUCAUCAUACUCCAUUGGAUAUCUUUGAACUAUACAUCAAAUAACAGCUAAUGAAUGUGUGUGUUGUUUUAGCAUGAAAAUUAGUUUGAUACAAUACUUAUAUCCAGUCA